GCUAUAUGAGAAAAUUUCUAACCAAAGAGCCGAUAAUUCUUAUAAGUUAGUCAACCAUUUUCUAAAUAAUUAUGACUUGAUGGCAGUUGAAAAAUUAGAAAUUAAGAAAAUGAUUGAGUUCGGCAAGCGAGUAGUGGAAGUAAAUCCUAAAAAUACCAGCAAAAGAUGUUUUGGUUGUGGGGAAAUUAAACAAGGUUUAGAGUUAAAAAACAGAAUAUUUGUUUGUGCUUGUGGAUAUGAAGCAGAUAGAGAUAUUAAUGCGGCGAAAAAUAUACUCUGCAAGGCACAAACAACGGAGCAGGAACUGUCUUCGUUAGACGAGAACAUGACUUCGGUCUCUUCGUUAGAACCUCAACGAGGAAGUUCCCAUCUUCAAAUCCAAAAGGAUUAG